AUGGAAGAUGUAUUCAAGGAUUCGAUGGUGGAUUUCCCAGAAAUUGGGAAUCGGGGACCAAUGGAAAUUGAUGAGGAAUCGUCUGGAGGAGGGGCUAAACUCAAGUUUGAGGAACCCCUCGUUCGAGAGGGCCAACGAAUUGCUCAGGUAGACUUGGAGGAGAUCCAAGUUGAAACGUCAUUUUGGAACUCAGCCGUGGUAUGUAUGGUUCUUGGAGCUAACCCUCCAUUUGUUGUUUUUGAAGGAUUUAUUAAGAGGAUCUGGGGUAAGCUAGGUAUUGACAGAAUUGCUCGACUGAAUGUUGGAUUUACACUUGUGAAAUUUCGAGAUGAAGCAACUAGAGACUUGGUUUUGGAAGCUGGGGUUCUACACUUUGAUAGAAAACCAGUGAUAGUGAAGCCUUGGUCUGCUGAUUUAGACACUCUAAAGGAAGUAAAAAUUGUCCUAGUUUGGAUUAGAUUGCCAGGACUUGGGCUGCAAUAUUGGGGCACUAAGUGCUUGAGUGCCCAUAUGAGCACAAUUGGGAACCCGAUACUAGUAGAUAAAGUUACUAAGGACAGAACUAUGGUGCAAUUUGCUAGAGUGUUAGUGGAGGUAGAAAUAACAGAGGAGCUCUGUAAAACCAUUCAGUUUCUCAAUGAGAAAGGACAACUAAUGGAACAACUUUUGGAAUUUGAAUGGCUACCAACUCAAUGUAGAGGUUGCAUAGCUUAUGAGGAUAAAGAUGCUCCCAGUGGGGGUAUUGAUGUGGAUGCACAGAAACCAGCUGCUAAUGAAGUGUCUGACUCCCAGGAGGUAUCCAAGCAACAUGGUCAUUUGACAGAUUCAAUGAAACAAGUUGAUAAACCUGAUAGGAAUUCCAGCGACAGGUCUACUUCUGAAUGGACUACCCCAAAACGGGUAGGGGGAAAAAAGAAGACCACACUGAAGGCACAGAACAAACUGAAGAAUUCCUAUAGUGCUUUGCAAGAGAAAGUAUUGGAGGUUACAAACUUGGGACUAUCAACAAUAAGAGCCUUGUUGGAGACUAAACUGCGUGGUGAUAAAAUUGAGAAAAUGAUGAGCUCGUUCUUCAUUGGCUGGAGUUAUUUUUCAGGGUCAGCUUCUGAAGGUAGAAUUCUUCUUAUUUGGCAGCGACAUUGGGUUACUGUUGAGGUUUUGAAGGAGAGUGACCAGUUAAUCCAUGUCUGUGUUAAAGAAGUGAAGUCUAAUAAGAUGUUUUAUGUUACGUUUGUUUAUGGUAGAAAUUCGAUUGAGGAGAGACUGUCGCUUUGGGAGGAUCUCUCUGGGUUGUGUUUCCCAACCACUCCUUGGCUUGUGGCUGGGGAUUUUAAUGCAGUUUUUGAGGGUACAGACAAAGUUGGUGGCCGCACCAUUUCUUCCCUUGAAUUGGUGGAUGCUCAAAAUUGGAGAGCCUUGGGAUUGGUUGAUGAGUUGCGCUCUAGAGGGUCCCAUUACACUUGGACUAACAAGCAAGCCAAUGAGGACAGAAUCUACUCUAAACUGGAUAGAAUAUUUAAAAAUGAAGAGUGGUUGGACUUAUUCCCUCAAGCUGAGGCUGUCUUUAAUUGGGAGAUGCUCUCAGAUCAUUGUUAUUGCAUUAUCAAAUCAGGAGCUACUAUAACCUGUGGUACUAAGCCUUUUAGAUUCUUUAAUAUGUGGACUGAACAUGGUAACUUUAAAGACAUUAAAAGCAAAGUUAAUUGGCUUCAUUAUGGUGAUGAUAACAUGGCUUACUUUCAUGCUUGUUUAAAGCAAAGAAGAGCAUCUAAUUGUAUCACUUCAGUUGUUGUUGAUUCUGGUCAGCUAAUUGAGAGAUUUGAUGAUGUUGUGGCUCACUUUGUGAAUCAUUUUUGA